AUGGCUGCAGUUGAUGAGCCCGUUGGCUGUGUCAAUAGAGCCUUCGAAGGAGCUGACGAUGGCUUCCAAACCAUAGAUCUUAGAGCUACUAUAAGAAGAAAUGGUGCAUAUCAGGGCGAAGAAGACACAUCAUCACAGUUGUCACCAGAGGAGAGGGCGCUGAGAUGUGGUUGGGGUAUGAUACGACCUAGCUGGCUUCAACGAUUCCGAACGGCAAAGUGGGCUCUUUUUUGGUUAUGCUGGGCAGGUGCUAUACAGGGUAUGGUGGUAAAUGGAUUUGUGAAUGUUGUGAUAACGACUAUUGAGAAGAGGUUCGGGCUUCGGUCGAUGCAAACUGGCGUAAUAGCUGGAGGCUACGAUAUGGCUUCCUUCGUGUGCCUAGCGCCAGUCACCUAUUUGGGCGGCCGUACCAGCUCCUCCAAACCUCGGUGGCUAGGCUGGGGCGCUUUGCUCAUGGGUACAGGAUCGCUGCUCUUUGCCUUACCUCACUUCCUCGUGCCACCAUACAAGAUAGCUGGAGAUGAGCCUGAUGACUUCUGCAAUACCAAUACGACAUCUGCUGCUCUGUGUAACGAGGCAACAGCGUCGGAGAGUGGUGCUUGGGCAGUCGGGAUUUUUGUGUUUGCUCAACUUCUACACGGCGCGGGCGCAACACCACUUUUUACACUUGGAGUCACAUAUAUUGACGAGAAUGUUUCUAAGAAGAUGUCCUCUGUUUAUUUAGGUAUUUACUACACCAUGGCCGUGGUGGGACCAGCUCUUGGCUACGUGGUUGGGGGGCAAAUGCUUUACAUAUACACCGAUUUUGCAAGUGUCAACUCAGAAACGCUCGGAAUAACGCCGUUAAGUUCUGUAUGGAUUGGUGCUUGGUGGAUCGGCUUUAUCCUAUCUUUCAUACUAUGCCUGAUAGUGGCUGUACCACUGUUGGCCUUCCCUCAUGAGCUACCAGGUGCUGCAGAAAUUCGAGCGUCAAAAAUAUCGGAAGCCCAUGAGGGCGAAGCGUCAAAAUCGGCAGCCUUUAGUGCGUUACGCGAACUGCCAAAAGCUGCUGCCGCCCUCUUCAAGAAUCCAACUUUCAUGUUCUUGAACUUGGCUGGAGCGAGCGAGGGAAUGCUGAUAUCUGGAUUUGCAGCGUUCCUACCGAAGCUUAUUGAGAACCAGUUCGCUGUUAGCGCUUCAGAAGCUGCUCUAUUAUUAGGUGUAAUAACUGUACCAGCGGGGGGCGGCGGCACAUUUGCAGGCGGUUGGCUCGUGAAACGAUGGCAGCUGGCUUGCGCGGGGAUCAUCAAGUUAUGUGUAGCGGCCACUUUGUUAGCGGGCCUUUUUACCUUCUCUUUUAUUCUCUCCUGCGAUGACUAUCCGUUUGCGGGGAUCACUACACCUUACUCCAGUCCUAGGAUAAUUGGCGGAGACCGCCUCUUAGCUGAAUGCAACCAAGGUUGCAGUUGUGCCAAUGCGCCCUAUGCACCAGUAUGCGGUGCUGACGGCAUCGUCUAUUACUCACCGUGCCACGCCGCCUGCACAUCCGCGACUACCAGCGGCACAGCGCGGUUAUACCACCACUGCGCAUGUAUUUCAGUAAAUGGGACUCUUCCUAUUUAUACGGAACCAGACGGUAGUAAUCCAAUGAUGUAUGAAGCUAUCAACAGCACGUGCAAGUCUGAUUGUCCCUAUCUAUGGCUCUUUGUGUUCCUAACAUUCUGUGUUAUGCUGUUUACUUUUCUUGCUACUAUGCCAGCUCUGUCAGCAACCCUAAGAUGUGUCCGUGAAGAUCAGCGUUCCUUCGCCUUGGGGAUCCAAUGGAUUUUAGUUCGGCUCUUGGGUACAAUUCCAGCUCCCUUACUUUUUGGCUUCCUCAUUGAUCUAUCUUGUUCAGUGUGGGGUUCUGGAGGGGAAUGUUCAAAAACUGGCGCAUGCCACCUUUAUGAUAACAAAAAUAUGAGCAGAUACAUGUUAGCACUCGCCUUUGCUGGGAAGCUGUGUUCUCUAAUAUUCUUCUUCUUGGCGUGGUGGUUCUACCGCCCACCUGGUAAAAAUAACGCCGUCGUACCUUCCAUUGAUUUGGUUCACAGCGAGAAGAGCAACGGUACGAUUCCUACUGUAGCGACAGUCAGCACCAUAUCGAAUGGCGUAGAUAGAACCAACGGAUAUUGUAAUGCGGCUCUAGAAGGUAGUGAUCAUUUAUAA